UUUCCAUCAGACACAAUGGCAAACGGCACGAUGCUGCUGCUGCUGCUGCUGCUGACUCUCGCUGUGGGACCAGCCGUAGGUUUCUAUGGGGGUUCCAUGACAUUCACGCCUGGAAACAGAUUUCCUGAUGGAUCCGUGGAGAUGCACUUCUACACCAGAGAGUCCAGUAGGGGUCCUUGUGGUUCUCAAAUCAACUGGAUCUGUGAGACUGGAUCCUGUGGCGUCCUCACCAACACACAACCUAUGCAGACAGACAGCACAGCUCAAAAUCUGUGGUGCCAAUCAGAGGUUCACAUGGCCACCAAUGUCACUAGUAAUGGUCCCUUCAUUCUGAGUUCCUCUGGUUGCUGCUGGGAGGAUAAUGUUCAGGGUGUCGGUGGAUGGACGCUUCACACUCAAGUUGACAUUGGCCAGCGAUCUGACACUCAGUCUCCAAACAGAUCCCCUGUUUCAGCUGCAAUUCCGAACAUAAGGGUUCCUCAGAACUGCUUCCAGAAUUUUCCAUUGCUGGCACAUGACCCAGAUGAUGAUGUUGUGAGAUGCAGGUUUAAUGAUGCCAACUGCACACUGUGCCAUCAACAUCCAAACAUUCAUCUUCACAAGGAAUCAUGCACUUUGUACACAGGAGAUUCACUGGCCCUGGGUGUGCAUGUGUUUGAGCUCAUCCUGGAGGAUUAUCCUGUUUCAAACAUAACUGUUAUGGACCAUAAUGGGGUCUUCUCUGUCAGUAAUGCAUUCAAUGACAGCAACCCAACUGCUCUCAGUCAAGUGCCUUUGCAGUUUGGAGUUGAAAUUCUUCCACCAGCUCAGGGUUGUGUGCCAGGGGUGAACAAGCCAAUGUUCUUGACACAAACUCCUUUGCAUGGAGAUGUACAUCAUGCUACUGUGGGACAGGCUCACGAGAUCACCCUCCAAGCACAGGUCGCAGACAACAGCAUCUUUGACUUCCAGGUCAGUGGCCCCUCUAAUAUGUCUAAGACCCUGACAAGUUUGAGUAAUGGGGUUAUGAUGGCAACACUGACCUGGAUUCCACAGGAGACGGAUCUUUUUCGCCAUGUACCUGUGUGUUUCACAGCAGAGACACCUCACAGGCAGUCAGAAAUGAGGUGCAUUAUUGUGGUUGUGGCAAAAGCAAGGGUUCUAUCAGGUGAAGCAAAGGUCAUCUGUGACGAUAACAGUAUCAGCAUUGUAGUCAGUAAAGCCUCCAUGGAUGGCAUUGACCAGGACUGGCUUCAACUGCGAGACCCCACCUGCUCUCUUACUUCCAAUCAAACCCACAUCCUGGGCACAAUGUCCCUCAACACCUGUGGCACUAUGAUGGAUGACUCUGGAGAUUUCCUUGUCUUCCACAACGAGAUCAACUCCUUUGAGAACCCGAAUGCUGUUAUCACCAGACGCAAUCAAGUUAAAUUUGACUUCUCCUGCCAGUAUCCCAAAAUAGCCAGUGUGUCCAACCGCUAUGUCAACCACAAAUCUGACUACAUCUUCACUGAAUCCAGCUUUGGCACAUUUAGUUACUCAUUUGAAGUUUUCACAGACCAAACCUUUAACAGUCAGGUAGAUCCUAGCCUGUAUCCAGUGCAGGUUCAGCUGAUGGACAAGAUCUACAUGGGCAUUGAAGCCCGUACUGCUCUCCCAGAGGUCACACUCUUCGUUGAGUCCUGCAGGGCCACUCCUGAAGACAAUCCGUUCAGUCCUGUCUUUUAUGACAUCAUCAAAGACGGGUGUGUUAUGGAUGAAACAGUCAUGUCUUACCCAAGUGACUCCACAAAAUAUGACUUUGAGAUCCAAGCUUUCAAGUUCACAGGAGGCUUUGAUGAGGUGUACAUUAGCUGUUCCGUGAUCCUGUGUGCAAAAGACAGCUCGAACUCCAGAUGUGCCCAAGGCUGCCUCGGUCAAGCUGCUCGCAGACGUAGGCGAGACGUGAGCCAAGAAACAGCUAGCCACUACAUCACCCAGGGUCCCCUUCGUGUGGCAAGACAGACUCAUAAUUCUGCAGCCUCAAAUGAUGGUGGAUUUCUACACAUGAGCACAAGCACUGGGGUCUUUGCAGGACUCUUUGUCGUCUCCAUUGCGGUGGUGGCAGGGAUGUUGGUAUAUAAUGCCAAAAGAACAAGAUCAGUUGAUCGCAUGCAUCUACUGUCCACUUUCUGAGAUCCUUUAAGUGCCCAGUUUGAGUAGACACACAAAGAACACAAUGAACUGCAAUUAAACUCUUUCCAUUUUGAUAACAUAUCUUAUACAAGAGCAGUAAAUGAACAGUUUUUGAGGGUAAAUGGUAUAAUCGCACAACAAUGGCCUUUGGUAUGGCUGGUAUUGUCCCAAAUCUUUCAGCAUAUUGUCUUUUUUCCCCCCACUUAUUUCCUUCUUUACUUUCACUCAACAUGCUUCACAGAACAUAACAUGCUAAAAAAAUAUUAUGAAUGGUCUGGCAUUUUUUGGGAUGAAAUGUUGUUUAAAGAAAAUAAACGUUUAAAAAUUAAUGUUUGUGUUUUGGGGCAGUGACAAGCAAUAAGCAUGUUUCUGUAUUCUUGAAAUAAAAAGUCUAUUUAAGUAUU